CUUCUCUUGUGCAGUCUCGAAGGUCAUCGGGAUGCAAUAUUAAGGUUUCAAUGUAGUCGACCAAAUAAGCAAACUCUCGCGUGGCCGCAGUUCGGAUCCGCUAUUCCGCCACUGCGCUUUCUCGCCACAGCGCGAGCCUCGCCUCUUCUUACAAAGGUCGUUGGUCGCUGCCUGAUUGAUUAUCGCCAUCUGCGCUGCUCGAACGAGGAAGAUCCAGUGCUUUAGUGUGUUUGUUUAAUUGUGGAUGAUAUCGGAAAUUGACCUGCUGCCGCUUGUGCGGAGUCCCGACCGCGGCACGCAGCUGCGGGCGUUGAAGGCCUUGAAGAACUCCGUAAUCGGGCAUACCGAGCAGAAGGAGUGGUAUCUCGAACGGGGCGUGCUUGACGAUCUGUUGGCCAUCUUGAGCGCUGAGGAUGGUGUCAAGGAUCAGUACUCGGAGGAGCUGAUGAUCGAGGCCGGUAUCGUUCUCGGCAGCUUUGCAUAUAGCGGACCUGAUAUCUCGGCCAUGCUCUACGGUCCAGAGACGAUAUCGACGCUGGUCCUGACACUCAAACCGACGUCGCCUCCGAAACUUCUCCUGGCGUCCUUGCGGACCCUGACGACGCUCUGGACUGCGCAACCGCCUACGCAGUCUCUAUCGACCGCAUACCCGACUCUCGCGCCCUCGCUUGCCGCUUUACUAUCCCAUUUCUACAGCUCUGCGGCAAGCGAAAAGGGGGCAAUCAGCUAUACCAUCAUCACGCAAGUGUGCGGCCUGCUGUUUGUGCUUGCGCCGGCUCAUUCGACCGGCCAAUCCGUUCUGAGCGACCAUCUCGCGAUCUCGCUCUGCGAUCUGGUCGACAAACUUCUCACCAAGCCGAAUAUGAUUGCGUCGCUGUCAGUGUCGUCGAAUGCGGGGGCCACGGGGCUCGCAGAGCGCAAGAUGCUCUCGUCUGCGAUCUUGGCGCUGUCGCAUUUGAUGUCGCCUCAGGCGGCACGACACCUUGCUUCGUCCGCACCGUAUUUUAUGGAUUUACUCGUCAAGCUUUUGCGCGCUCAGGAGCCUACGAUUCGAUUAGCGGCCUGUGCGCUCAUUACGACUCUAUACACGACUCCAUUAUCAGGCAGUGGCGAUGUCAUUACCGGCAAGCCAGCGGCGCAGAAUACCGAGCUUGCGAUGCUGCUCGUCCCCGCGCUGAUGAAAUUGCUUGACGAUGCGCUUUCUGUCGACGAUGGUCGGGGAUGCGAUCCGCUCGUGCUGCAUACGUUUGCGGUCGUAUGCCGCGAAGGAGGUGAGGUGGCCGACCGGUGCGUCGAAGUCGGCAUCAUCAAGAAAGUCGUGCGGAUAAUCGCGCAUGUGGCUCCGAGCACGCAUUCAGCCACGCAGAUUGGGAAGACCGAGAGCAAGCUUCUGUCUGGAGGAUUAUUUUGUCUGUCGGCGCUGGGUUUGCAUAAGGAGGAGUAUCGAAAGGCAAUCAUCGAUGCGAAUGCGCUGACUAUUGUUGUCGCGGUUAUGAAUACCGAGAAUGCGCCGGCGGUGCGGGAGAUCAAGAUUGCGGCGUGUAAUGUUUUGCGGUCGCUGAGUAGGAGCGUGCUGCUGCUGCGUACGUCGCUGGUCGAGAGCGGGAUCGUGGGCGGUGUUGUUGAAUUGCUGGGCGAUGUCGCUGUUGUUCAAGAGAGCGAGUCUGCGUCUGCGACCGCGGCGGGCUCGGCGAAAGGAGAGGUGUUAUACGACGAGUCGAUGAGUGAAGUCGAGAAGACCAGCGCGCGACAAAAGUAUCUGUCUGCGGUGGGCGGCGCGGGACAGGAGGCGGACGGCGUGAUUAUGGAGGAAGACGACGACGAAAGUGAGGACGGCGAGAGUCUUGAGGUGCGGACUGCGGCUAUGGCUGCUGUCUGCAACCUUGUCUUGGAGUUCUCGCCUCUGCGGAAGCCGAUCCUUGACCAAGGUAUUCUGCCGUUGAUUGUUGCCGGGGCGCGGUCGCGAUAUACACCACUACGGCUGAAUUCGGUGUGGGCGUUGAAGCAUAUGGUGUACGGCGACGACAUGCAAACGCGAGGGCUGGUGCUGGAAGAAGUUGGGUUCCCGCUGCUGAUGAAGCUGUGCAACGAUCCGGAGAUGCAGGUGCAGGAGCAGGCGCUGGAUUUCAUUCGCAACCUGAUUGCGCGGAGCGAUGAUUAUAUCGACAAGCUGUUUGCUAAUGUCGGCGUGCACGACUUGUUUGAGUUGCUCGACGGCAAGCUUGCUAUGCGGUCGCGCCAGUCUGAUGAUAGCGAGUCGGAUGAAGACGAGGAUUUUGUGGAAGAGGAUGAAGGUGGGAAGGUUAUCUUCACGACGAAGCCGUACUACACCGAGAUCAUCAUUGCGACGGCAUAUAUUCUUGUGCAUAUCGCGGCCGGGUAUGAGCACCACCGGCAGACGAUCAUCCAGCACGAAUCGGUGGUGAAGAAAGUGAUUGCACUGAUGGCGCACGAGCGCGAGGAAGUGCGGCUUGCGUGUUUGUGGAUCGUGCUUAAUCUGACGUGGGUGGAGGAGCCGCCGCGGGGAGCCGCCGGGGAGGAUCUGAUGAUGGAGGGCGUGGUUGACGAUGACGCGGAAGGGUCGUCGUCUGCGGGAGCAGGCGGUGAGUCAGCGUCGCAGUCGCCGGGGAACUAUGUUGAGGUGUGCAGGAAGCGCGCGGCGGUGCUGGUGCGGUUGGGCGUGCGGGCGAAACUGGCGAUGCUGAAGCAAGACCGCGUGCUGGACGUGCGCGAGAAGACAAAGACGGCGAUUUACCAGAUCGACAGUCUCACGGGUGCGUUCACGGACGGCUACGGUGAUCGACGCGAGGAGUCGCAGCAGGCGCAGCAGGUGCAGCAAGGAGGGGACGCGAUGGAGGUUGAUAAUGUGCCGGUAGUGCGCCAUGCGUACAUGUAUAUGAAUCCGACGGCGGUGGCCAGCGAGCCGUCGUCGUAGGGGUGGGUAUCUGUUAGAAUUUUGUCAGGGUGGUGUGUUUGGCGUGAACGGGUAAUCUGUUGUAUAGUUUUAAUUGUGUAAUUUAAUCAGAGACUUCCAAU